CUCAUGAGGAAGCAAGGCAACUUAUCUGCUCCAUAAGUUUUUAGACGCAGCCAAUGUAGGGGGUGUCUGUUUAUAUAAACUUCCCUCGUUCACUUGACGACACUGUUUAGGGAAGUUCCAGAGUGCGUGUCUAAACUGGAGUGAAACGCAGCCCCGGGUUAAAGAGGGGAAGAGAGUCAAACUGUACUGAGACAAUCACAUUGAAGGAUGACUGUGAGGAUCAACACAAAUCCAAAAAGCAAAUGGCCCACAUUGGGUCACAUCCUGGGUAAACUCCGUCCAGCGGGUUCAAUACCUCAAGACGUCAAACGUACAAUGUUGUACCUCAUAACAGCACUAGGGAUUCUGCAGAUUAUAGUGGGAAUCCUCAACAUCGCAACAGGGAUUUUGUUUGCAAACUGGGGGAUACAUGAUUACAUUAUGAAGUUUUAUGGUCCCUAUUGGCUUGGUGCUGUGUUCCUCAUAUCUGGAAUUAUGACUCUUCUUGUAUGCUUCUAUUUGAGUAAAGUUUUGGAUAUCUUAGCUUUGAUCCUAAACCAAGCCAGUGCUUUUCUGGCUUUGAUGGGUGUUGCAUUGUAUUCUUGGGAUUUGGUGAGGGCGAGCUUUUAUUCUGCAACACUCAUCCAAGAACAGAUGAAUGGAGAUGAUGCCGUUCUGUACUUUGAGGAUUCAAAUAUGAUGUCUCGAAAGAAGCUAGAUGCCAUGAUGGUAGCUUCGGCUGUUCUUCAGCUCGGCAUAAACGUCUAUUUUAUUGUCACGUCAUUGAGAGCAUUUGUCAAGAAGAAUUCUGCAGAAGAACCUCAACUUCACAAACUGCUCCCAGAAGACACCACUGGCAAUCCUGCAUGAGAGACACAAGCAUAAAAAGAUCAUUUUAUUAAAUCAGUUAGAUCAAAUCAGAUACCACUAAAAUCCCUUUAAACCGCAACCUGUGGAGUUUUUCGUUUUGUAUUUUGUGCAUAUUUCACGUUUGGAUUAGUUGUGAUUCUGAGCACCGUGCAUAACAAUAAACACACUUGUUUUCUGGGC